AUGUCUGAAACCGUCGUGAAGCCCCAGAAGCGCAUCCUGGCGGAUGCCACCAUGACCUCCGGGAACGUGAUGCCGAACAACACGCCCAAGAAGCGAAAGCUGGAGCUAGAUGAGCCUGCGGUCAACCUGAGUGUGCCUCCGCGGAGCAGUGGAGCCAAGGCCUUCGGCUCGAGUCAGCCGCAACAGAAAAGCCAGUUCGAAAAGGAUCUGGAGAAAUUGACCCAGGACAUCAGCGGGCUCAAAGAGAAGAAUUCGGAGAAGGAUCAGCAAUGGGAACGGCCGCCGCUGGAAGAUUUCAACGAGACGAGGGAUGAUAUCUGCUUUCAGCAGAUCGAUGCCGAGGAAGGAACUCUCCAAGGUGGUAAGACCACUGUCAGGCUCUUCGGCGUCACAGAGAAAGGGCAUUCGGUCCUGCUUCAUGUCACUGGAUUUCAGCACUAUCUAUAUAUCGCCGCUCCUGUGAAUUUCACCAAAGAGGACUGCGAACCCUUCCGGGCAUUUCUGGAGAGCAAGCUGGGCCAGUUCCAACCAAUGAUCCAAUCUGUCCAGAUAGUGAUGAGAGAAAACCUGUACGGGUUUCAGGGGAACCAAAAGAGCUAUUAUCUCAAGAUCACCGUGACGGAGCCGAGACAUAUCAGCAAAUUACGGAAUGCUCUGGAGAGAAACAUCCAAAGCAUCAACUACAAGAACAUGUGGAAGUCCUCUUAUGAAGGUAUUGAUACUUUUGACAACAUUCAAUAUGUCCUCAGAUUCAUGAUCGAUACCGGGAUUUCCGGGAUGUCUUGGGUUGAAGCCAAAGCAGGCAAAUACCGCCUUAUCCCUCUGCAUGAAAGGCAAUCCAAUUGUCAGAUCGAAGCGGUUGUCGAUUAUCGUGAUCUUAUCGCGCAUCCACACGAUGGAGAGUGGGCAAAGAUUGCACCGCUUCGAAUCUUGUCUUUCGAUAUUGAGUGUGCGGGUCGCAAAGGCAUCUUUCCGGAACCCAACCAGGACCCUGUUAUCCAGAUCGGGAAUGUUGUUACUCGUUACGGAGAAUCCAAGCCAUUUAUCCGGAACGUCUUUGUCUUGGACACUUGCAGUUUGAUUGUCAACACCCAAAUCCUCGAGUUCGACGAUGAGGCAAAAAUGCUGAUGGCAUGGAGGGAUUUCCUUGAAAAGGUUGACCCUGACGUCAUUAUCGGCUAUAACAUUGCCAAUUUCGACUUUCCAUACCUGCUUGAUCGAGCCAAACACCUCAAAUGCACGGGUUUUCCUUAUUGGUCGAGACUGAAGAACGUUCAGUCACAAGCAAAGGACACAAGCUUCUCCAGUAAGCAAAUGGGAAAUCGCGACACCAAAGCAACCAACACCAAUGGUAGGAUUCAGCUGGACCUUCUUCAACUGGUCCAGCGAGAUUAUCACCUGCGAAGCUACACCCUGAAUUCUGUAUGUGCCGAAUUCCUAGGCGAGCAGAAGGAAGACGUCCACCACACGAUGAUCACGGAGUUGUUCAACGGUACUCCCGACUCUAGGAGGCGGCUGGCUAUAUAUUGUCUUAAGGACGCAUAUCUCCCGCAAAGACUUAUGGACAAGUUGAUGUGUCUGGUCAAUUACACGGAGAUGGCGAGGGUGACGGGUGUGCCCUUCAACUACCUUCUGGCUCGUGGUCAGCAAGUCAAGUUUAUUAGUCAACUCUUCCGCAAAGCUCGUGAGCAGCAACUGGUCAUACCUAAUAUGAACAAACAGGACGAGCAAGAGUACGAAGGCGCCACUGUCAUCGAACCGAUCCGAGGCUAUUAUGAUGUGCCGAUCGCCACUCUCGACUUUGCGUCUCUGUAUCCAUCCAUUAUCCAAGCCCAUAACCUGUGCUACACGACUUUGCUGAACAAGACUGCCGUGGAACGGUUUGGUUUGAAAAAGGACGAAGAUUACAUCGUCACCCCUAACGGUGACAUGUUCUGUACUCCUAAGGUUCGAAAGGGCCUGUUGUCGCAGAUUCUGGAAGAACUUCUGAGUGCCCGAAAACGCGCCAAGAAAGAACUGGCAAUUGAGACCGAUCCAUUCAAGAAGGCAGUCCUGAACGGACGUCAGCUGGCGCUCAAGGUCAGCGCUAACAGUGUGUACGGUAUCACGGGUGCAACGGUUGGAAAGCUUCCUUGCUUGGCUAUCGCCAGUAGCACCACCAGUUACGGCCGUCAGAUGAUCGAGAAGACGAAAGCAGAGGUCGAAGCGAGAUAUACCAUUGCGAAUGGCUAUUCGCACGAUGCCCAGGUCAUCUACGGUGAUACCGACUCGGUCAUGGUCAAAUUCGGGGUCAAGACUCUCGAAGAAGCUAUGAAACUCGGACAAGAGGCCGCUGACUACGUCUCAUCGAAGUUUCCCAAACCCAUCAAGCUGGAAUUCGAGAAGGUGUACUUUCCGUACCUGCUCAUCAACAAGAAGCGGUACGCAGGACUUUACUGGACGAACACGAAGAAAUACGACAAGAUGGACAGCAAGGGCAUUGAGACUGUUCGACGAGAUAACUGCCGGCUCGUCCAGACCGUCAUCGAGACGGUCUUGCACAAGAUCCUGAUCGAUAGAGAUAUCGAUGGUGCACAGGAGUAUGUCAAGGAGACUAUCUCGGAUCUUCUGCAGAAUAAGAUCGACAUGUCGAAGCUUGUGAUCACAAAAGCACUCUCCAAGUCCGACUAUACAGCCAAGCAAGCCCAUGUCGAACUGGCUGAGCGCAUGCGAAAGCGUGAUGCGGGUUCAGCUCCGACCUUGGGUGACCGUGUGGCGUAUGUCAUCGUCAAAGGUGCUGGAGGUUCGAAAAAUUACGAAAGGUCCGAAGAUCCUAUCUAUGUGUUGGAAAACAACAUCCCCAUCGACACAAAGUACUACCUGGACAACCAGCUAGCAAACCCGCUUGGUCGUAUCUUCGAGCCGAUCCUGGGCGAGAAAAAGGCAUCUCAGCUGCUCACUGGAGAGCACACGCGAUCCAUCUCUGUUGCAGCCUCCAGCGUUGGUGGACUAAUGAAGUUUGCGAAGAAAACCCAGACCUGCAUGGGCUGUAAAAAGCCUUUGGUUGGUAGAGACGAGAUGGCCGGGGCUGUCUGUGAGGGCUGUCGGCCACGGAUUGGCGAGCUGUACACAAAGACCUUGAAGAAGGUUUCGGAGCAUGAAAUCCGUUUCGGGCGGUUGUGGACGCAGUGCCAACGCUGUCAGGGCAGUCUGCACUGUGAAGUGAUCUGUUCAGCCCGAGAUUGCCCAAUCUUCUACAUGCGGAUGAAAGCGAAGAAAGAUGUCGAAGAAGCACAAAAAGAGCUGAUGAGGUUUGAUUACGAUCUGGGGGCGUGGUGA